AUGAUUCCAUGGCAGGGUCCAUUCCAUGUAUCUCUUAAUGCAGAGGAGUCAACCAUUCAAGUGUUCUGGCCUGUUUUGGAGAAGUUAUAUAAAGCUCUAUUUGGAAGGUUGGUCAAAUUUAGAGAAACAUAAGAAAUCAAAAGCAGUAUGCUUUAGCUUCGUACACCUGUAGGUUGGGAGACGCUAUCAGUUAUCAUAAGGCCACAAAAAUAAUAAUUAUUAUAUUCACUAAAUUUUUAGAAACAAGAGAUUUCCCAAGAAGCCAAAAUCUGAAAAAAUUUCGUUAAUAUCAUCACUUGCAUUUGGAGGCUGGCUGAUAGUUCGAGACGUGGUCUUGGAUUUGUUUGGUUCAAGUAAAUAUCCACAGUACAUAAUGUUGGUCAACCUACUCGAUGAGAUAACAUGCUUCAGUACGUACUACUACAAUGUAUUCUUUCGUGGUGGAAACUUUGACAGCUGGAUGCAGUCCAUGCUGAGGGCUUCCAUGAUCUUCAUCAACUUCAGAGGCAGAAACUACGACAAGGCAACCUUAACUCAGUUGAGUGAUCUUCUGUUCCAUGUAUCAGACAACACAGACCUUGGAGAAAAGAUGCAAGAGUUCCUGCAAGUUUUUACUGAAAAGAAAAUUGAGAUACUUCAUUCCAUAUUACGAUGGUAGGAAAAAUAUUAAACUUUUGAAUUUAAGUAGGAAAGAUACAAAUCAGAAAGAAUACCUAACACAGAAGUAUUCAUUGUUUUUAAGUUGACUUUUGCUUUGGUAAUCGUCUUUUAGGUCCUUGAGACCCUUUGAUAAAAGUCUUUGCUUAAAGUCACAAAAGUCUUUUGCUCUUGUAGCUUACUUAACCAAUAAGGAGCUUGCAAUGAAAAAAUUGGAUAUUUGACACAUUGUCCACAAAGUUACUACAAUAAUAAAAUAAGAGUUAUAUUAUUGAUUACUUUGUUACAGUAAUGUACCUAUUUGGGCUAUUCCACAACUGAUAAACACGAUUGCCCAUGCACUAAGUGGAAGACGCUUCGACGCUGAUUUUAUGGAAUGGUUUUUACCAAACUACUUAUGA